GACGUCAGCGGCUUCAGUUCUGGAGCUCCGGGGUGCUCGGCUCCAGGAGUGCCCACGAGCACAUCUCCCGUCCCGUGCGCAAGUCAAGGCGGGCGUGGCGUCACCCAGCGGAGGAAGAUACCUCCACAAAAAAUACUUUUUUUUCACCUCCUCGCCUCUCCGCCCCCGUCAUGUCCUCUGCUGUCCCCGACACCGAGCAGUCGGCGCGCAGCUCCACGCUGACGCCGAUCAAGCUGGUCGGGCUGGUGUGCGUCUUCCUGGCGCUAUGCCUGGACGUAGGUGCCGUAAUGAGUCCUGCGUGGGUGACGGCGGACGACCAGUAUUAUCUCUCCCUGUGGGAGUCCUGCUGGAAGCCGUCCGGCACCGACAAGUGGCAGUGCAGCAGCACGCUUAGCUCAGACUGGCAGCUUGUCACACUAGCGCUGUUAUUAGGGGGCGGGGCCCUGGUACUGAUGUCGUUCCUGGUGGCACUGGUGGCCGUGUGCAUUGGCACCAGGUGGCGAUUCUACGGCCCUGUCGCCUUCAUGCUGUUCGCCACAGUGGUCCUGCAGGCUUGCAGCUUGGUGCUCUACCCCGUCAAGUUCAUCGAGAGCAGCAACCUGAAGAUUUAUCAUGAGUUCAACUGGGGCUAUGGCCUGGCCUGGGGCGGGACCAUCUUCUCUUUCGGCGCUGGCGUUCUUUACUGUCUCAAUCCCAAGAGCUAUGAGGAGUACUACUAGGGUUGGGGGUGUUCAGAUAGGGUUUUGGCCGUUGGUUGCGUUUGGGCCUUGAACUCAAGGAUUGUUGCACACAAGUUGUACACUUUCACCUCCAUGCUACCAUGUGGGCAGAACAAAUCAAUCGAUUGUUCAAGAAGACUUCAGACUGGGAUGUAUUUAUUGAAAGCAUUACAGCAUUUGUGUGGAGGGGUGGGGUGGCACAUACACGUGCACAUAUUAAUGUGCGCAGCAUAGCCGACUGAAUUGCAGUGUGUCAUUUCACAAACUUUCAUAGUACCAGUCAUUUAAAUAACGUGAGCACACACCCCCAAAUAUAAUGGUAGGGCAAACACUGGCCUCCCCUCUUCCACAUGCUAUCAUUCCACCAUCGUUAUCUUGCGGUCUCACAAGACCGUAGAAAUGGGUCUGACCAUUCAGUGUCAGGAGAUUGCUCUCGCUCAGGCUGUUAUCUCUGCUGUCAAUUAACGGGUCUGUCAAUCUUGGCAACCCUGCCGGGUGCAUGGAUUGGCCGGGGUCUUUAGAGCGAGACUGUCCCUCAAGGUGUGAUUUAGAGUUGGGCAGAAAUGUACACACACUAGCUUUAAAGUCACGGUGCUAAUUAAGUGAGCAGCUUCUAGCAGCUGUUGAUGAUAUUGACUGGUACCAAGCUGCAUCUAAUCUUUUAGGCCAGAUGCCGCCAGUGGUCAACUUACGUUGUAAAAAACUGCCUGAAAUUUGAAGGCAAUGAGCUGAAAAGUAGGCCGUGAUCUUCAACUUUCACUGGAUUCGUUCACAGCUGAGUUUGAAGCGAAGCGGCUGGGAUGGGAAUCAGUACCUCCAAGUACAAGUCCAUGAUUCUUGCACGGAAAAAGUUGGAGUGCCAUCUCCGGGUCAGGGAUGAGAGCCUUCCCCAAGUGGAGGAGACCUCGGGGUCUUGUUCACAAGUGAGGGAAGGAUGGAACGCGAUAUUGACAGGCGGAUUGGUGCAGCGUCUGCCUGUGAUGCGGACUCUGCACCGGUCCAUUGUGGUGAAGAGGGAGCUGAGUCGAAAGGCAAGGCUCUCAAUUAACCGAUCUAGCUACAUUCCUACCCUCACCUAUGGUCAUGAGCUUUGGGCAAUGACCGAUGGGACAAGAUCGCGGGCACAAGCGUCCGAAAUGAGUUUUCUCCGUAGAGUGUCUGGGCUCUCCCUUAGAGGUAAGGUGAGAAGCACUGUCAUCACGGAGAAACUCUUGAGUAGAACCGCUGCUCCUCCGCUGGAGCUCUCCGUUGGAGACACUAUGGAAUGCCUCAGGAUCCACCGAGAGGAGCAGAACAAAGUAUCCAGGGAGAGGGAAGUCUGGGCAGCCCUGCUUAGGCUGCUGUCCCCGCGACCCGACCUCGGAUAAGUGGAAGAAGAUGGAUAGAUGCAUGGAUGGCUUGAAAAAUGUAGUACAGUACCUGUUCCCCGUGAACGUUGGCCUCAACCAAGGCUGCCCUGUGUCACCGUUUCUGUUCAUUAUUUUCAUGAACAGAACUUCUAAGCGCAGCCAAGGCGUUGAGUGUGUGCACUUUGUAGGCCUUCGGAUCGCAUCUCUGGUAUUAGCACAUGCUGUGACCUUCAGAGUUUACUGGGGAGGUUCGCAGCUGAGUGUGAAACCUCUGGGAUGAGACUCAGCACCUCAAAAUAUGAGACCCUGGGUUGGGAGUGAGGUCUCACCCCAGUACAGUAUCUUGGGAUCUUGUUCACAAGUGAAGGAAGGUUGGAGUCUAAAACCGACAGGCAGAUCAGUGCAGAGCAAAGUUCUUGAUUUACCGGUCAAUCUAUGAUCCUACCCUCGCCUAUGGUCAUAAGCUUUGAGUCGUGACUGAAAUAAUAAGAUUGCGGAUACGAGCGGCCAAAAUAAGUUUCCUCCGUACUGGACUUACCCUAAGAAACAGGGUGAGGAGUGUGGUUAUCCUGGAGGAGCUCUUGAGUCGAGUUGCUGCUCCUUCAUAUGGAGAGGAGGCUCUGGCAUCUCGUCCGGAUGCCUCCUGUGCGCCUCUCAGCCAGGAGGAGGCCCCGGUGCAGACCAGGACAUGUUGGAGGGAUUAUGUCUCACAGUUAAGGUGUGUGCCGUGUGUCAAAUAUAGACAAUUUUAUGGGUAUCUCAAUUACUUACAUUUUUUUUGUCGUUCACGGGUGGUCUUGGAGCAUAUCCCCGGUGAAAAGCAGGGAUCUACUGUACACUUACAGCCUUUUAAAAAGGAUUGGAUCGAUCCGCACGCCCCAUGUACAAAAGGUAUGACUUCUGCCGUGACUGGAGAUGGCAGUCAACCUUCAGUUUGUCGUAACUCAUAUCAUCACCUUGUCUUUCUCAUCUAACCGUCAUCCCUUUGACACAUGCUGCAGCUGUCUUGGGGGUCACGGAUAAAGACAGCAUCACCUGACACCAUGACAGUGAUGCAUUUGGCCACAGCUUAGUGAGCUUGUUAGAGAUGUGUGCUUCAGCAACGCCGGAGAUCAGCCUUUGACACUCCAACUGAUCUGGGUUCAGAUAUACAAGAAUGGCAUUUUAUUGGAGAUGACAAUAAACCAACUAAAGUAGUUGAUCAGGGGCAACUGUGAUAAGGACAGACAUGCUAUUGCCAUGAUACCACCGCAGCAUCACAUCCCUCAAUAUACUCAAUAAACAAAGCAUUACUUUUUUAAUUUGUGGGAAAACACACCACAAACCAACAGAAGUUUAUCAAACCAAACGCCUGUCUCACUUAAGGCGCAACCAAAAAGUAACACGUGGAACACACAGUGUAACUGUACCACACUGACUAUGCAAGUGUCAAAAUAAAAGCUUACACACCAAUUUACAUGCAAAAGAUAUACUUGUUUACAAACUGCAAGGCAUGCUGGGAAGCCCAGCUGCACCCUUCCCCGAGCAGGAAGUUGCCCAGCAUGCCUUGCGGGUUGUAAAUUUGCAUAAAAUGGCAUUGUUUUGCAUGUAAAUUGGUGUGUAAGCGUCUUUCGGUACCCGCAUAGUCCGUGUGGUGCAGUUUUGUGUGUAUUCCAUGUGUAUUUUUGGUUGUACCGUGAGUGAGAGAGGCAUUUGGUGUGAGGAACUCCUCAGGGAAAAUGAAUCUAUUUUAGUCAUUCCAAUAGUGAUGUUUAUUAAGUGGCUUAUUACCAUUUUGGCUAUUGUGACACAUCAGGCUAAUAAAACAUCACAGUAUAGUAGAUGAAAAUAGAAAUAAAUCUUACAAAAUUAUAAAAUUUGACAAUGUCAAAAAAUACACUUUUGGAAACACACUGCCUUUUCUGGGGGAUCCAUGUCCUGGUAUAGUUACUUUUUAGGACAUAGAAAGUGUGUCACCAUGGGUUCUUACGGGUUAAGAAUGACCUACAUGCUUUGAUUUUUAAUUGCGCACUGCAAAAAGGUUUUGGCUAAAAUAAGGUGGCUGAACCGUCAGUUCUGAUUUGGAACUAUGUCACGUUUCUCAGACGCAAAAACGCAGCAAGAAAGUCCUGUCAGUGGGCGCCAACAUCUUGUAUGUUUUAGCUCAGGUCAUUUGAUCAUUUGGUAAUUAACGUGGCUUGAAAUUGGGUGAGAGGAUUCUGUUUUUAUGCAGAAACUCGGCUGGGGAGUAAGACUGUGUAAUGAUGUGCCGAGGGAUUUAGGAGGCGUGUGUGGGAGUGGGGUCGAGUGACGGCAGAGGAAGUGUAUGCGUGUGUGUGUGUUGGCAUGUUUUAGAUGCCUUUGUAGAGGUGUCAUCAAUCAGCUUUUCUUUGUACACCGACACAUUAAAGCAUUAAAGGUCUCAACAGACUCACGCUUGUCUUUUAUUUGUUUUGGCCCACUUUUCACUUAAAAGCAUGUAUGCCACAAAAUGAAGUCAGUGAUGGAUUUGAAAUUAGA